AUGCCUCCAGGCCGUGAAACGGACCUAGCCGACUUGAUGGCGGAAAUGUCAGUCAGCGAGGACGCCUCGUCCUCGCUCACUUACGACUCCGAAGAAGGCGGCGUGUCUUCCGGCCAGGCCAGGAGCCAUGGCAAGCCCGUGUCGUCGUCUGGAGCCACACCGGGCUCAUCGUUACAAUACCCUCUGCAUUCGUCGGCGAAAGCGUCUGGUAACUCGCCGUCGCAAACGUCGCCUCCCGUCGCGGUGAUGUCGUCGGGAGGGGUGCACGAACUACUGGAGUGUCCUGUCUGCACCAACUCCAUGUUCCCUCCCAUUCAUCAGUGCCCCAACGGUCACACGCUCUGCUCGCACUGCAAGGCGCGCGUGCACAACCGCUGCCCCACGUGCCGCUACGAGCUGGGCAACAUCCGCUGCCUCGCGCUCGAAAAGGUCGCGGAAUCCCUCGAGCUGCCCUGCAAGCACCACACGCUGGGCUGCCCGGAGAUCCUCCCGUACUACUGCAAGGUGAAGCACGAGGCGCUGUGCGCGUUCCGGCCGUACUGCUGCCCGUACGCGGGGUCGGAGUGCGCGGUGACGGGGGACGUGCUGGCGCUGGUGGCGCACCUGCGGGACGAUCAUAAGGUGGACAUGCAUAAUGGCAGCACGUUCAACCACCGCUACGUCAAGCAGAACCCGCAGGAGGUCGAAAACGCCACCUGGAUGCUCACGGUGUUCAACUGCUUCGGGCAGCACUUCUGUCUGCACUUUGAGGCCUUCCAGCUGGGCAGCGCCCCGGUGUACAUGGCGUUUCUGCGCUUCAUGGGGGACGACGCGGACGCCAAGGCGUUUGGGUACAGCCUGGAGGUGGGCGGCAACGGGCGCAAGCUCAUGUGGCAGGGCGUGCCGCGCAGCAUCCGGGACAGCCACCGCAAGGUGCGCGACUCUCAUGACGGGCUGAUUAUCCAGCGGUCCAUGGCACUGUUCUUCUCGGGGGGCGAUGGGAAGGAGCUGAAGUUGCGGGUCACGGGGCGGAUUUGGAAGGAGUGA